AGCGGGACCGAAGCGGCGGAUUAUCCAUUCUGAGACGAGGACCAUGUGUGUGUCAUUCACUUCCGUGAGCUCAGCCCCGAGCUAACGCCAGAGGCUGGCCCCGCGGAGGCCCUCGGUGCCUGUUGAGUGAGCGCAAGCCGAGGAACGGUGGCGGUGGCGCAGAGCGCCCUGACAUUUUCCUGGAUGAAAGCCCUCCCGCCGCAGUGGCCGCCGUCACCCUCCGCCUGAAGCCCCGUCCUCUUCAACAGCUCACUCCUCCCCUGUCUCCUUCCUCCUCCAGCCCCCGCCCACCGGGACCCAGCAUGGCCAACUUCACCCCGGUCAACGGCAGCGCGGGCAAUCAGUCCGUGCGGCUGGUCACGGCUGCCCACAGCCACCUGGAGACGGUGGAGAUGGUGUUCAUCGCCACAGUGACCGGCUCGCUGAGCCUGGUGACGGUCGUGGGUAAUAUCCUGGUGAUGUUGUCCAUCAAGGUCAACAGGCAGCUGCAGACCGUCAACAACUACUUCCUGUUCAGCCUGGCCUGCGCGGAUCUCAUCAUCGGGGCGUUCUCCAUGAACCUCUACACCCUGUAUAUCAUCAAGGGCUACUGGCCCCUGGGUGCGGUGGUCUGUGACCUGUGGCUGGCCCUAGACUACGUCGUGAGCAACGCGUCCGUCAUGAACCUCCUCAUCAUCAGCUUCGACCGCUACUUCUGCGUCACCAAACCCCUCACCUACCCCGCCCGCCGCACCACCAAGAUGGCAGGCCUCAUGAUCGCAGCCGCCUGGGUCCUGUCCUUUGUGCUCUGGGCCCCCGCCAUCUUGUUCUGGCAGUUUGUGGUGGGCAAGAGGACUGUGCCAGAUAACCAGUGCUUCAUCCAGUUCUUGUCCAACCCGGCCGUGACCUUCGGCACAGCCAUUGCCGCCUUCUACCUGCCCGUGGUCAUCAUGACGGUGCUGUACAUUCACAUCUCGCUGGCCAGCCGCAGCCGAGUGCACAAGCAUCGACCCGAGGGCCCCAAGGAGAAGAAGGCCAAGACCCUGGCUUUCCUCAAGAGCCCCCUGAUGAAGCCCAGCAUCAAGAAGCCUCCACCAGGGGGCGCCUCUCGGGAGGAGCUGCGCAACGGGAAGCUGGAGGAGGCCCCUCCGCCCGCCCUGCCCCCGCCCCCACGCCCGGUGGCCGACAAGGACACCUCCAACGAGUCCAGCUCGGGCAGUGCUACCCAGAACACCAAGGAACGGCCGCCCACGGAGCUGUCCACCACCGAGGCCACCACACCCGCGCUGGCCGCCCCCGCCCUGCAGCCGCGAACCCUCAACCCUGCCUCCAAGUGGUCCAAGAUUCAAAUCGUAACCAAGCAGACGGGCAACGAGUGCGUGACGGCCAUCGAGAUUGUCCCCGCCACGCCAGCCGGCAUGCGUCCAGCCGCCAACGUGGCCCGGAAGUUCGCCAGCAUCGCCCGCAACCAGGUGCGCAAGAAGAGGCAGAUGGCAGCCCGGGAGCGCAAGGUGACCCGGACCAUCUUUGCCAUCCUGCUGGCCUUCAUCCUCACCUGGACGCCCUACAACGUCAUGGUCCUGGUGAACACCUUUUGCCAGAGCUGCGUCCCGGACCGGGUGUGGUCCAUCGGCUACUGGCUCUGCUACGUCAACAGCACCAUCAACCCCGCCUGCUACGCGCUCUGCAACGCCACUUUCAAAAAGACCUUCCGGCACCUCCUGCUGUGCCAGUACCGGAACAUCGGCACGGCCAGGUAGACCUCGCAGUGUGCCCUGGGAGGUGCUGGUGUCAGGAGUGUGCCCCGGGGAACCGCAUGGCUCGCCGGCUGCGGAAGAGAGAGUAGGCGGGCCCCCCCCAGCUCUGAGUUCGCAUCUGCCACGAAGGGAACAGGCCUCCUAGCGAGGCACGAGGGGGCUCUUCUCGUGCUGUGCGGGGAGAGCAGAUCUCUGCUGACGCCCAGGAGGCGCGGCCUGGGCAUGGUCUGGACUGGCACCGCCUGGCCCCCGUCGGUCACCUCGCCUGUGUGGUGGGGGACAAUGGCUGGAGGGGACAGCACAGGCCGGCGGACGCAUGAAUGGAGCAGAGAGCCCAGGAGCGUCUUGAGAGGAGCCAGAGAAGCCAGGCUUGGAAGGGUGGGGCCCCCGUCGUGCCGGCUGUCUGUAAUCGGUGCUUUCCGCCUCCCUGCACCCCGUCCCCGCAUGUAGGCUCGGCCCUUCCCCUGCCCCCUAGCCCCACUCCAGGCCCAGGGAUUUCCCUGUCCUCGUUGUUCAGCUCUGGGUGGGAAGCAGGGCCCAGGGCUCUCAGCGCUUCCCUCCCUUCCCUGGCCAAGUCAUAACUGGAUGGGGCAACUGCAGGGUCAUGCUAGGCCCAGAGCCGACUCCAGGGGACUGAGUCAAAUCGUGAUCCUAUUGUCAAGAGCCUCCACGCCCCACCCCAGGCCACACGAUUUAGGUGGGCAGCGCUCCCCUCUUCCUCUGUUCGAAGGGAGGUUCUGGGCCCGAGGGAAGGAGGGCCAUGGUGAGGAACUUGGUCAUCCGUGCAGGCUUCCUCAUCUCUCCCCGGCCAGAACCUUCCAGACUGGCAGCAGCCUGGACCAAAAAAGGCUCUUGGUGGGGUGAGGCAGAGUUCGAGUUGAGUCACCGAGGUUCUCUUCCCUACCCCCAGCCCUGUGGUCCCUGGGAGAGAUGGCACCCAGGUGGCCCUGGAAGACAUUUUUGUAAAUGUUCGGCUCUUCCCAUGAACUGUUGGGAGCGCUUCCUACAGAGCCCUCAACUCCCCAGUUCCCCAACCCCUUCCCCCCCAACAAAGCUCCAUGGUAAACUCCCUGGGAAGGGGCUUUUAUAUAUUAAAA